UGCAUUCAGGCAUUUCCUCUUCUCUCCAGGGCAUCACCUCAUACUUCCUCAGUUUCUACAUGCCAGCCCUUUUUCUACAUUUCCAUCCAGGGCUCGAAUCUUUCACUUUAAUGAGAGUUAAAAACAGUUCUGGCAGAAAACAGCGGCGUGUUAGCAUGUGGGCUGAAGACGGCCGCUGCAUGUUAAAACAGAAACCAACGGGGGGGCGCAUUCUUGCUGAGCUUUCUGCAGACACCUCGGUUGUCCUUUAUUUACCCCGAGCAUUUGAGGAGGUGUUCUGACUUGACUGAACCGUCAGUGCAAUCCGAAGGAGCGACGAGCGAGCUUCUCCCGUGAGCCUCGGCCGGUUUUUGCACCAAGAAGAUGGAGAAAUCGGAGAAAUCAGCCGCCUUGCUCCUUGUUGCUCUCGUUUCAAGUGUUUCUCCGAGCAACAGUGAUGAGAAGAGCGGUAAGGCAUUUCCUAAUCCCAGAACCUUUUUUGGGAACCUGGUCCCUCAGACAGACGUUGAGAAGAACAGCAGCCAGGUGGUUUCAAGCCCCCCCUCUCCAGCUCUGCAGUCCCUCAGUAACAGCACCGUGGAGUACCUCAGCGGCCCGCUCAGCACCCGGGUCGUCCCCUUCAUUUAUAUAUUUGUGAUUGUUUUCGGCGUCCCGGCCAAUGUCGCCAUCCUGUGUUUCCUGGCUACUAAAAUCCGAAAGGUCUCCUCCGCCAUCCUCUACUACAGCCUGGCGGUCUCCGACCUCUUCCUCCUCCUCUCCCUCACCUUUAAGGUUCACUACCAUCUCCAUGGAAACAACUGGGUUUUGGGAGAGGCAGCCUGUCGGGUGGUCACUGCCUGUUUCUAUGGCAACCUCUACUGUUCUGCCGCGACGUUGGCCUGCAUUAGCAUCAAGCGCUACAUAGCUGUGGUGCACCCCUUCAUGUACAAAGGCCUGCCCAAGAGGAUGUGCACAACCUGGGUCAGCUUGGGGGUGUGGGGGGUGUUUGGAACAGCCAUCAUCCCAGAGCUCCUGAUUCGGCAGAGCUUCUGGCUCCCGCAGCUGAACCGUACUUCCUGCCACGAUGUGCUCGCCCGCGACGACAGCUCCUUCAGCUUCGUCUUUCUGCUCUCCUACAACCUGGUUCUUACAGUCAUCGGUCUUCUGGCUCCACUGGUGGUCUCAAUUUUCUGCUACAUUCGGAUCAUCGUUGAGCUCAAGAACUCCCUCCAAGACUGGGGAAAGUACAUCAAGGCCAGCUCGCUGGUUUUUGGCAUCUUCCUGGUGUGUUUCCUUCCCACUGGAAUCUUGCACUUUAUCCAUUAUCUGCAGCUGGAGCUGAAUGGAUCAGAAGGUUUGUACGGGUACUUUAGCAUGGCAGUGUGCUUGUGCUGUCUCCACGCUUGUCUGGACCCCUUCCUCUUUGUUCUUAUGUCCACCUCCACUGGCUCCCGGCUUUUCAUAAUGACUUUCAAAGGCAAGUCCAUGAGCAUUACUGUCUGAGAAGAAGUUGCUUUAUUGUGGAGGGGGAUGGAAUCCAAAGAUAGAGGAAGUCUAUUGUUCCUGGAUGAUUCGCUGAAGUUGUUUAAGCUUUUAUGUUUUCUCCUAUGUUAAUGUUUCAGAGAAAAUAGAAAAUGCACAUAUUCUGUUACUGUAACUGUUUUGACAAAGGAAAAAGAAGUAUUAUGCUUGAAAUAUUCAGCCCUGCCUCUCAGAAAAACUCAAAUGAGCUGAAAAUGUCAUUCGGCUUCUUCCCAAGUAACAGAUUUACACAAUUACACUGUUCGGCACAGCACAGGAUUGAUGUGUCAUCUAUGAAACAGUUUGAAAAGAAUGUUGAUGGCAAAUAUCGUCAAAGCUAAGUUAGCUGGAAAAAAGGGCAAAAUGGGAGCCAAUAGUUAAAUAGGCUUAACGUUUGUAGGAUUCUUUAAGUUACAGUACAGCUUUGAGAAUUUUCUAAACUUGCUACACAAACCUUUUGGACUCAAAAGAAUAACUGAAAUCUUAUAUAGGAAAAAAAUAAUAAAGACCAUAUUAACCACUUCCUUCAUCUACUUGCACCUCAACAUUAAAAUUAUUGGAACUAGUGCUGGCUGCAGGAAAUGAGGAGCCCUAGGUGAAGUUUAACUGCACCCACAAAAAAAAAACUAAAAAAAACUAAAAAACAGAAUAUGUCAAAUGCAGCACACAAUUUUCCCACGUAAAGAAAUCUUUUUGAUGAUCCGCUCUGAUUUGCAACAAUUAAAUAAGUCAUUAAGCUUUUAAUUAGGAACACUGAAGACAGAAAGCAUUAUACAAUAAAUAUAUAUUUACAUUUAUAAAGUUUCUGGGCAGAGACUGAAACAACUCCGAUUUUGACUCUUCUUGCUUUCAAUGCUGGAAAGUUGUCAGGGACGUCAUUAUAAACCAUUAGCUCUGUUUGCGUCUCUAUUCUUCUUCUUUUCUGUUUUGCGCACCGGACAGUUUGUGUCUUUCUAAUUUGGACGUUAAUUACCUCAAUUGCCUGGGAAAAGACAAGUUGUGUAACAACCUGCUGGUGUAGCGCCCCUCAGCAGUUGCCACACUAGGCGGCUGCCUAAGUCGCUUAUAUCAAAGACUGGGACUGGUUGAAAUGGUACAAAGUUUACAGAUGUAAUUAGAUGCAAAAAACAUACCAAACAACUGCGAAAUGAAGUCCAAUUUUACAGAGAAAAAGCUUAAACUAGUUUAAGGUAGCAGAGCAAAAAAGUUAGAUGACAGCAUUCUAAUUUUCAUGUCACAAAUUCAAAGAAUUAAAUAGUAUGAAACAACAACAUGCCCUUUAAAUGAAACUGUGCUAUUUUAAAUGCCUAGGAAAAUGUAAACCAGUUAAGUCACAACGGCUCUUAUAAGGUGCAUAUGGACUCUCUGCGGGCAAAAAGUAGGCAAACCUGUACAGGGCUUGAAGGUGGCCGCAGGUAAUAUCAGGAUUGUAGACUGCUUGGUGAACCCUUAGAGAAAAUGUUCAUGCCCGCAUGGUCCAGUUGACAGGUUGUAGCCAACACUUACUUGUAUGACACACAAGGGUACGUAUAGGGGGAAGUAAGUGAGACGCUGGCACGUCGUACCGAUUUUUCAAAUUUUCAACCCCUAAAGUGCUGUUCACUUGAUAAGUUUGAACUCCUUAUGUGCAGCCUGACUUUUGGAAAGGAGAAAAUUAUUCAAUUAGAGUGUAGUUUGUGUGGACACCCUAUAGCAGGGGUCGGGAACCUAUGGCUCACGAGCCAUACAUGGCUCUUUUGAUGGUCACAUGUGGCUCGCAGACAAAUCUUUAAUUAUACUUUUUUUUCAUAAGACCAGUCCAUCUCGGGUGCGAUGCGAUGCCAGUAGUAGCGGUGCUUGGAGAAAAAAAUAUCUGCACCGCACAUCAGUUUACUAUGAUCUAUUAUUUCACAGAGUUUAUAACAGCCUAAAACCUGUUUGCAACUGCGCGCUCCCGUCUCUGAGAAAGAGCGCCCGGUUGCAGCGGGAUGUGUGAGGAAGAGGGGGGGGGGGGUGAGGGCACGGGCAGCAAGGUGAAUCGCGCAGGGAUUGUAAAACUUAAAACACGCUGCCCGUCACAUUCUGCAGCGUAUGAAUAUAUGUUUGGCUCCGCGUCUGCAUGUGAGCGGUCUUUCUCACAUCUACAGAACAUUCAGACCAACCUACGAUCACGUUUAAAGUCUCAAGAUGAAGCUGAAACUCACCACGUCAAAAUUUUGGAGUUCAUUGAACGCAUCAAGCAGAGAUGCUGAUUGGCUCUCAGUUCUGUCGCUCAGCCUGUUAUGUAGUUUGGACCAAUGGGGUUCAGCCAUGGGCCGAAUAAGGGUAAUAGGAGGGCUGGUGCGGCAGUAAGCGAAUAAGAAGUUGGGUGAAGCGCUCUCAGCGGUAGAGACUGAAGAGUUGCUGAAUUAAUUGUACGGCGUUGUUUACGGGCUGCAGUAACCAGAAUAAAGAACCUUAAAAGAGGUUAAGUCUCCGUGCCUCAGUGCGGGAAAGGGACACAACAUUAUUGUAUGGCUCUUUCGAAAUUACAUUUAAAAAUAUGUGGCGUUUAUGGCUCUCUCGGCCAAAAAGGUUCCCGACCUCUGCCCUACAGGUACCCUACUUGGUGCUUGUGUAUCAUGUGCACACCUUGUUCGUACAUAGUCAGUAUGGGCCAGUACUCGAACUUUUCUUAUGACUAGAAUGAGGGCACCGCACAUCACCUGUAACUGGGCGCAACUUCCAUUAAACGUAAAAAUAGUUCACGAUACACUGACCACAUGCACAACAAUGGUACGUAUCAUUUUCAUGACGUGCCUUGAGAUGGUCAUACGAGUUUCGAGGGAACGGCAAGACACACCUGCGCUCCUCUUAAAAUGUAAGUCCUGCUCGCUACAACUGUCCGCAGACCUGGGCAAGCAAAAAACCUGCAGCAUACACCUGUACGGGUCAAUCCCCAUUACUGGUAUUUGUGAUUACGGUUUUUUAUGUUCAAGGUAGUUGUCAGUUACGAUUAAAUAGUGAAAGUUAUUGCCGUCUACAAAUUCCAAGUUUUCUUUUCAUAAAGAUCAGAAUAGAGUUGAAGAGUUACUGUCGUUGGAAGAGCGUGUGUAAUUUUGCUGUCGCCGGCGACAGCUACGAUGUGAAAGCAUUAUUCCAGACAACAAUAACCAGAUCAAAGUUCUAGCAAAUAAAAGGUUCUAUAGACGGGCUUCAGCCUAAUGUUUUUCUCUGGGGCGGGGUUGACAUGACUGAUAACUCCUAUGCUCGUAACAAUUAGAACAGAACUGAUCUUUCUGUAGAUCCUUACAACCUCAGGCUUUUUUCGCUUAAACAGAAGGAGAAGUUUUUCAUUUUUAAAAAACAGAAAAACAACCAGAACAGCUACAAUGUUGUGCUUGUUGUUAAAUUAUAGAGAUUUUCUUCAACUUUUGUAAUUAUGAUUUGUUUAUGCUAAAAAAAGUGAAUGUAACUAUGGAUGAAUGUCGGACUUUGCACCAGAUAACAUUUUAAAAUGAAUGUUUUUUUUGUAUUUACUGAGUUUCACACUGACUGCAUUUCUGCAAUGAUUCAUCAAGCUGUGAUGCUGCUUAAUAAAAGCUGCUUUUGAUUCUUUU